AUGUCGGCCAGUUACGAUGCUCCCGGAUCAUGCCACAGUCAAGAAACACGCUUCACUCCUACCGCCCCUGUCAAGCCAACGCAAACCUCCCCUCAGGCAUUUCCGUUAGCUUACCAAAAGCGAUACAUUUGGCCACCAGCCAGAACCGUUUUUGAAGCAUACAAAUUCUACAGGGCGGGGGCAACAUGGGAAUAUGCAGAGCGAACUGAACUGUACUUCGAACGCAAAGAGCUUUGCGAGAUGAUCAAUUUGCGUGCAGAAGAAUCUACUGUUGAAUGCCAGUACCAAAACUUGAGCCCUAACCAGCGCGCUCAAGUCAGUCGACUCGUCCAAGAUCGACAAGCAGAAUAUUCGGGGAUGGUAUGGAGCUAUGUCUAUGCUAAAGAAAAUUAUUAUGCAAACGUGACUCGCAACCCUCGUUCAGAAAAUUUCGAAGCGAUAUCCAUGGUGAUCGUUCUUAUGGGGAGACCUAUGGAAUCGACAAAGUACCCCAGAACGCGCAUGGGAGUUUAUGUGGACCUCAGAACGCUUCGUUCCCCCCAUGAGGGUGCGAUUAAUAAUAUGAGACCUUUCGGUGUAACACCCCACUGGGGGCACUCAGAAAUACACCCGGCUGGAUAUUAUGGAGCCCAGGGGCGGCAUUCUACCUCAACACCUAUGGAACGGUAUCCAAGCCCGGGAUCGGAUUCGGGACCGGUAGUGGCAGAGUUCUCGACUCGACUUGACUCGAGUCUGCUACCGGUAUAUGUCAAGUAA